GAAAAUGUUAUGCACAAGAAGAAAGCCAUGGCAAAACGGAGCGUAAAAGCAGCGGUAAUCGGAGCCGGCAUGUCGGGGCUGAUCGCGGCCCGGGAGCUCCGUCGAGAAGGGCACCGCGUGGUGGUCUUCGAGAAGGGCACCGAAGUCGGGGGCACAUGGGUCUAUGACCCCCGGGUCGAGUCCGACCCCUUGGGUCUCGAUCCGGGUCGCGAGGUCAUCCACAGCAGCAUGUACAAGUCGCUCCGAGUGAACCUCCCGAGGCCAAUCAUGGGGUUCCUGGACUACCCGCUUGAUGCGAAACCCGGUGUCCGGGAUGACCCGAGGCCAUUUCCGGGUCACGAGGAGGUGCUCCGGUUCCUGCAGGGCUUCGCAGCAGAUUCCGGGGUGGUCGAGCUGGUCCGAUUCGGGCACGAGGUGGUUCGGGUCGAGCAAGUCGCCGAGGGGAGGAAUGAUGAGUGGGUCGUGGAGUGGCGGACGCGCGACGGGGAAGCCAGUGCGGAGACGUUUGAGGCCGUGGUCGUCUGCAAUGGCAAGUUUACCGAGCCAAGGCUAGCUGAAUUUCCCGGUAGAAGUACUUGGCGAGGAGAACAAAUACAUAGCCAUAACUAUCGGAUUCCUGAACCCUACAAAGAUAAGAUUGUAGUGAUCAUUGGAAAUGGACCGAGCGGGAUCGACAUUGCAAAAGACAUCCUACAUGUCGCGAAAGAAGUUCACCUAGCUUCAAGAGAAACCACCAAGCUUGAGAUUCUUGAAGGCCUAUUUCAACAUUCCCCGAUAGAUCAUGCCAAAGAGGACGGGAAAAUAGUCUUCCAAGAUGGAUCGUCAAUAUAUGCAGAUGCUAUCAUCCAUUGUUCUGGGUACAAAUAUCUCUUCCCAUUUCUUAGAAUGAAUGGAAUUGUGAACGUGGAGGACAAUUGCGUCGCGCCUUUAUAUCAACAUGUUUUCCCACCUGCGCUAGCUCCAUGGCUCUCUUUCAUUGGCGUACCAUAUCGGGCUAUUGCGUUUCUCCUCAGCGAGUUACAAUCAAGGUGGGUAGCGAAAAUAUUAUCUGGGAAAAUACUGCUGCCAAGUGAAGAAGAGAUGAUGUCUUCGGUACAUGAAUAUUACCAGCGGAUUGAGGCGGCCGGAUGGCCCAAGCGUCAUACUCACAGGCUUCAAUUGGAGAAGUUUGAUUAUGAAAAUUGGCUUGUUGGAGAGUUGGGACUACCGCCACUGGAGAAAUGGAGACAAAACAUGUAUUUUACUUCGUUGAGUCUUCUGAUGACGUUAGGUGAAAAUUGGAGAGACACUUGGGAUGUUGAGAAAUGGAUGAAAGGAGAAGCAGGAGGAGAAGAAGAACCGGACAAGAUUAAUUGCACUUUGGAAUGUUAAGUUUGUAGGAACUGGAAUACUACAUGUUGGAAGCGAUUUAAAGAAUCCAUUUGCAUUCUCCCUUUAAUCCAUUUUAAGGUAAUCUACGGUCGUCCGUGACUUUCACGUC